AAAAAAAACAGUACCUGUGGCAACAUUCCAGAUCCUAAUAGCAUCAAUACUUCCAGAAACAAUAAAUUCACCACUGGGAUCAAACUUUAAACUUAUAAUUCUUCCCUCCUGUUUGUCCAAAAACUUUUCAAAAAUAAUUUCAUCGUUAUCAACAUUAAAAACGUUCAAAUACCCUUGUUCAGUACCAACGGCUAUCUCAUUUUUACUAUUGCUGUCCAUGCAAAAUGCUGCCUCUCCAGUUACAGUGGUUUUUUGCUUAACCUCCAAUUUAUACAGGUCAUAUUCGACUAAAAACCCAUGCAAACCAACCGAGAAAAGUCUAUUGUCACUCCAAGUUAACCCUUCGAUACUGUAAUUUUCUACAGUUGAAGCUAUGGUUUUUUCAAUGAAAGCGUUGUGACUUAUAUCCCAGAUUUCCAGGGAAGCAUCGGAUCUACAAAACUUUACUUAAGAAUCUCUGUUUGAAACAUAAAAGUAUUAAAAACCUCACCUUGACACAGCCAAUUUACUUUUCGACUUUAAAUAAGCCAUGUUGUAGAUGGCACGCGCCUCCGGCUUGUAGAACCGCACAUUAUGAAUCUUACACAAAGACAUUUCACUAAAUUACAUUAAAACCGGACAAUUAACAACAAAAAUAGAGAAUAACAACAAGAAAUUCAACCAAUAUAACCUCAAAAAACAAGCCUGUCAUAAACACGUGCGUCACUGAAUAAUCACUGUUGCCAAUUAAAUAUCCCUGUUCAAAUCAAAGGAUUGUUUAUUGUUUGUGACGAAUAAAAAGUGUUUUUAACGAGGAAAAUCUGUGUUAUUUUGUGUUGUUUGUUGUUAAUUAUAUUUAUUAAAAUAUGACUAUUCUUAUUAAAGUGUGAGUAUUGGUUGAAAUUUUAAAUUAGCCUAGAAUUUUCGAUUUUAAAGGUAAUUUCCCGCAAUUAUUAUCAAACGUCAUAUUAUUGUGUUGGUAACAGAGAAAAAUGUCUGUUUAGGUUGGUAAUUUGUUUUUUCUAACCUUAAAAUAAACGUCAUUGUAUUUUGGGGAUGCUUUCCAUGGUUUUUUAUAAUCUGUGGUUUUUCCUUGUUAAUAAAUAAACCGGGGUCUGUUAAAAUGGGUCCGCCGAAACGUUACGGCAGCAAAGGCGAAAGUAAAUCGAAGAAACGCAAGAAGGAGGAAGAAGAAUGGGCGUACGUAGAAGAGGAGGACACAAACGAUAAUGAAGGGGCCGCCGUAGUUGCGGCGGCAGCUAGAGAUGCGGAAAAGAACGACCAAAACAUACAGGAGGACGAAUUCGGCGCUAAAGAUUACAGAUCCCAGAUGAGUUUGAAGCCGGACAAUCAAUCGAGGCCUCUGUGGGUCGCCCCAAACGGGCACAUCUUUUUGGAGUCGUUUUCACCGGUUUACAAGCACGCGCACGAUUUUUUGAUCGCCAUUUCCGAGCCGGUUUGCCGGCCUGAGCACAUUCACGAGUAUAAAUUGACAGCUUACUCGUUGUACGCUGCUGUUAGUGUUGGAUUGCAAACUAAUGAUAUUGUCGAGUAUCUUAAGAGAUUGAGUAAAACUACAGUUCCGGAUGGUAUUAUUGAGUUUAUACAGCUUUGUACCCUCUCAUAUGGCAAAGUUAAGUUGGUGUUGAAACACAACAAAUAUUUCGUGGAGAGUCCAUUUCCCGACAUUCUCCAGAAGUUGCUGAAAGACCCUGUCAUACAGGAGUGCAGAUUGAGGAGAAACUUGGAAGGGGAGAGCGAAGAGUUAAUUACGCAGGUGCAAGACAAAAAGAUCGUGCCGUCUUUCGGCGCAAAACCCAGUGGUAGCGCCGAAACUCCAGCAGAAGCCGCCCCUGUGCCGGACGACAUCACAAACUUCUACGAAAAAAUCGACAACGAGGAGGACGAGGAAGAAACGAACCUGGAAACGGUGUCGUUCGAAGUGAAUCAGGAGAAAAUCGAAGUCAUACAGAAGAGAUGCAUCGAGUUGGAGCAUCCCCUAUUGGCCGAGUACGAUUUCAGGCACGACACUCAUAAUCCCGACAUUAACAUCGAUCUGAGGCCCGCCGCUGUGCUGAGGCCGUAUCAGGAGAAAAGUUUAAGGAAGAUGUUUGGAAAUGGGAGAGCAAGAUCUGGUGUUAUUGUGUUACCUUGUGGUGCUGGUAAAUCCCUAGUGGGAGUCACCGCUUGUUGCACAGUGAGGAAAAGGGCUUUGGUGCUCUGCAACUCGGGCGUAUCGGUGGAACAGUGGAAGCAGCAAUUCAAAAUGUGGUCCACAGCUGAUGACAGCCUGAUUUGUAGGUUCACAUCUGAGGCGAAAGACAAACCAAUGGGGUGCGCUAUUUUGGUGACCACGUAUUCCAUGAUAACCCACACGCAAAGAAGAUCCUGGGAGGCCGAGCAGACCAUGAAGUGGCUGCAAGAGCAGGAGUGGGGCAUCAUGGUGCUUGAUGAGGUGCACACCAUCCCCGCCAAAAUGUUCAGGAGGGUGUUGACGAUCGUGCAAUCUCAUUGCAAACUAGGUUUGACCGCCACGCUGCUGCGAGAGGACGACAAAAUCGCCGAUUUGAACUUCCUGAUCGGCCCGAAAUUGUACGAGGCGAACUGGUUGGAGCUGCAGAAGCGCGGCUACAUCGCCCGAGUGCAGUGCGCGGAAGUUUGGUGUCCGAUGACGCCGGAGUUCUACAGAGAGUACCUGGUGUGCAAGACCAGCAAGCGGCUGCUGCUGUACGUGAUGAACCCGAACAAGUUCAGAGCCACGCAGUUUCUCAUCAGAUACCACGAACGAAGGGGAGAUAAAACCAUCGUUUUCUCCGACAACGUGUUCGCUUUGAAGCACUACGCGAUCAAGAUGAACAAGCCUUACAUUUACGGGCCCACUUCGCAAGGGGAGAGGAUUCAGAUCCUGCAAAACUUCAAGUUCAAUCCCAAGGUGAACACAAUCUUCGUCAGUAAAGUGGCCGAUACUUCUUUCGAUUUGCCGGAAGCCAACGUGCUGAUCCAGAUUUCCUCGCACGGCGGUUCUCGUAGGCAGGAGGCCCAACGUUUGGGGCGUAUUUUGCGUGCGAAAAAAGGCGCCAUCGCCGAGGAAUACAACGCAUUUUUCUACACUUUGGUGUCGCAGGACACCAUGGAGAUGAAUUAUUCCAGGAAGAGGCAGCGGUUCUUGGUCAACCAAGGUUACAGCUACAAGGUUAUCACAUCACUGGCUGGUAUGGACGACGAACCAGAUAUGAUGUAUAAGACUAGAGAAGAGCAAGGUCAAUUAUUGCAACAAGUUUUGGCUGCAAGUGAUAUAGAUUGUGAGGAUGAAAGAGUACCAGGGGAGGGUGGCAUUAGGCCUGGGGCCAAUAGAAAAUCCGGGCAUAUGGGCUCAAUGUCGGGAGCUGAUGAUGCAGUUUACUAUGAGUACAAGAAAAACGCUAACUCUGGAAAUAAGCAUCCUCUAUUCAAAAAAUUCAGAUACUAGUUUUACCUUAAUUGUUUUUCAAUAUAUUUUAUAUAAUUUAGGUACUGUUUUACUACUACUAUCUGCGGGAAAUUAUCUUUAUUACCACAUACAAAAUUGCUUUAUUUUAAUUCUUAAUGCGUAUUUAUCCAGCCCUUCAAAAGAAGGCCUUACAGGUGACUGGGCCAUCAUAGAACUACAGGGCGAUCUAAAAUCGCAAACAGACUCGAGUUUCGAGGGCCAAUUUAUAGGUGAUCUGCAUUUCACCAAGCAAGACAACCCGGUUUUAAUCAUAGGACACCAUUUGAUGUACGGGAAGGAGGCCAAGUUGGAAAAACCGUUUGCUUUAAUGGAGAAAAAAUCCAAAGGAGACGGGACUGAAUAUUUGGUCAAGUGUAUUGUCACCAGGAAGAUUAUUUUUAAGACUAGACCUAAGCCUAUUGUUGCCAAGAAAGUGUG